AUGCGAAUACAACGAGGACCGCGCUAUGCGGCGAAGCGCCUUGGGCUUGGACUAACUGCCUUCGCCGCCUGGGCACCUCUGGCAGCAAACUCUCUCACCUUCGAACCUGCACCAUCAGCAAAUCUCGACCUUUCAGAUCUCGGACGAAUUGGUGUCGCGGGUGAUUUCAAUGGCAUCUCCUUGUACGAGUACGAAGGCCAGAACGGCAGGCCUCCCAGCCGCAAUGGGAGCGAGUCCCUACUUGGCAUGCUCCCAAAUGGCGCGCUCACAUCCAUAGUAUCGGCGGAUGCUUCGAUACGCGCAAUGUGCACGUUCACGCUCAGUACCGGAGAACUGCAGGGUGUAGUUAUAGGCGGAAACUUUACGAGCCUGGACGGCAUCGAGUCGACUGCCGCUGCGCUCUACAACCCCGAGACAGGGAGCAUCAGCCCACUUGACGGGCUCAAAGGCGAAGUCAACGCUCUCUAUUGUGAUAAUGACCGAGACACGGUCUAUGUCGGGGGAAGCUUCAGUGGAGCCGCCUCGAGAAAUGCGAUUGCCUGGUACGCCGACCAAGGUUGGACCAACCUGCCCUUCGCCGGAUUCAACGGACCUGUCGAAGCCAUCUCCAAGUCCUCGAGUGGCCACAUCAUCUUCGGGGGCAGCUUCACAGGCUUGGGCAAUGCAAGUACGCCUCGCGAACCGGACGGCCAAGCGAUUAAUCUGUCAACUGCAAAUAUUACCGCUAUCAAUAGCGCUUCGGAUAACGGCAACCCACGGGACAUUGUUUGUGCGGGAGGCUCGGAAGAUGCAGGAACCUGGCUAGUCCAGGACAACACGCCUGGGUUCUGGGAGGCAGACUUCGGUUUCGGCUUCGAGCCUACGAAGCUCAGGCUGUGGAACGCGCGUCAGGACGGCCGUGGUACCAAGACCUUUCGUUUCCUCGCCUUCCCCAUCAACGGGAUCAUGAACCUUACAUACAUCGAUCCUGCUUCCGGGGAAAAUAGGACCUGCACCAGCCAAUGCCCUCUCAGCGACGAUGCUGAUGUCGAGUACCAGGACUUUCACUUUGUCAACAAGGUCGGGAUGAACAGGUUUCAGAUCGCCAUAUCGGAGUGGUACGGGUCUGGCGCCGGCCUCGCCGGCCUCGAGCUUUUCCAGGAUGAUGUUUUUGCAUACGCUGUCAAUGACUUUAACGAACCAUCUUGCGGUGGGAUCGAGCAUCCAGCUAAUGCGACAAAUACCGGUCCCUGGCGUGAGUCACCGUCACUCCAGAGCAGCUCGAAAUAUCUCACAGCAGAACUCGGCGAUGCCGCUUCCGAUUCGGCCAAGGUCGUCUUCGUUCCGAAUAUCAUUGAAUCCGGUAACUACUCUGUCAACAUGUACACUCCCGGCUGCGCCCCCGACGAAACCUGUGAUCGCAGAGGCCGUGUCAAUGUGACCGGGACCAUGUCCUCAAGUCGGGACGACGCAGAUUUCAGUAGCGUUCUGUACCAGACCAACAACUACGACAAGUACGACCAGAUCUAUUUCGGCUACAUUGAGAAGACCUCUGAGAGCUUCAAGCCCACUGUCACACUGUCGCCUUUCGAAGGGGAGGAUAUCGAUGACCAGAUCAUCGUUGCCCAGAGGGUCGGGUUCCUGUUGAUCAAUUCGACUGGUGGGCUUAAUGGCCUUUUCGACUAUGACCCCAGCAAUGCGGAGGUGGAUCCAUCCGAUUUCGCGGACUCCCCCGUCAACGAGCUUGGGGCCUCUUUCGACGAGAAGACAGGCGUCAAGACUCUUGUAGCCCACGACGACAUGAUGUUCGUUGGUGGCAACUUUACUUCAGCCGACCAUGAGAACAUCGUCGCUAUCACAAGUGACGACGAAGUACGCAAUCUCAACGGCGGACUGAACGGUCAGGUGCUCAGCAUGUACAGCAACGAUGGUCAACUGUAUGCUGGGGGUGAUUUUACAGAGUCUCAAGAUGAUGGCAGCAAAAGCCUGGAGCAUGUUGCCGUCUACAAUGUUGAGGACGACAGCUGGAGCCCACUCGGUGGUGGUGUAAACGGCAGGGUCCAGCACGUUGUACCUUUCCAAGUCAACCUCACGGAUGACAAAACUGAAAAUGCGAUCGCUUUCACCGGGUCUUUCACGGAGAUCAACAGCUUCGGAGACCACAAUUCCAUGACGGUGAAUGGGCUUGCCAUCUGGGUGCCAUCGGAAAAGAACUGGCUCCAAAACGUCGGAGGAUCAGCCCCGAUUUACAGUGGCAAGCUCGCGGCAAGCCUCCUGGACAUCCCAGAUGCUGACCCUCUGUAUGCGGGUUCAAUAUCUUCUGCUCAAGUUGGGGCCAACGGUGCAGUGACGCUCAACGACAAUGGUUUAGGCCAGUUUCCGCUGAUACUCGGAUAUCCCGCUGCAUCGUCUUCAUCACAAAACAGACGUCGGGAUCUCUUCUCCAAGGACUCCGCGGCCGGUGUCCUCACUGGAACAUUCUUUGACGACGACGACGACUUCAACCUGACGAUCCUAGCUGGUCACUUUACUGUCCAACCAUCGGAAGGCGAGACCAUCAACAAUCUCGUCAUUAUUGACGCCAACGACGAGGAUUCGAUCUCCGGCCUUGGCAGCGACAUCUCUGCCGAUUCAAGUUUCAUCACGGUCGAAGUCAGCGGGAAGACAUUGUACGCCGGCGGUCGAGUCAGCGGCACUGUCGACAACAACGAAAUCGGCGGCAUCGUUGCCUACAACCUCGAGUCGAAAGCUUUCGGCGUGCAACCGCCCUUGAUAACUGGGGCAAAUGCGACAGUUGCUGCCAUAAGUGCACGGCCCGAUCAAGACUCUGAAAUCUUCGUCGGAGGGUCCUUCACCAGAGCAGGUGCUCUGGACUGCCCGGGAAUCUGUCUUUACAACGUCGAGUCGUCUCAGUGGAUCCGCCCUGGUAGUAACGUGGGUGGAGAUGUGUACAGCCUGAUGUGGUCUGACAAGAAGACUUUGAUCGUCGGAGGGGACUUGCAGAACACCACCGGGCGCGUUCCCUUGGCAGUGUACAAGCCUGAUGACGAAGCCUGGGAGCCGUUUCCUUCCGCUGACUCUGUGCCCGGCCCUGUCCAAGUGAUGACACCAGGCUCAAGCGACAGUGAUCAAAUCUGGGUCGCUGGUGUCAGCACUGAGGACAGCUCACUGUUUCUGAUGAAAUACGAUGGCGACGCAUGGCAAACCGCCGAGCACUCACUAGGGUCUGAAACCGUGAUCCGCAGCCUGCAAGUCUUUUCAACAACAGAAGGGCACGAUAAGAACGACCUCCUGAACGACAAGGAAGUACUGAUGCUCACCGGCUCUCUCCAACUCCCGGAUUUCGGCAUGGCAUCAGCAGCUAUCUACAACGGUACGGACUUUCAGCCUUAUGCCAUCACCACCAGCUCCAACGGCGACCCAAGCAUGAUUGCCAAGAUUUUCUCCCAGAAGGACAAUUUCUUCUCUUCCAGCGGGAAUAAUCACAUGGCUCUGGGCUUCGUCGUGCUGAUUGGUUUGGCCAUCUCACUCGGUAUCAUUCUGCUCAUUGUGGUGGCCGGCAUCGUUCUUGACCGCUUACGCAAGCGUCGUGAGGGCUAUACUCCCGCACCGACCUCGAUGUAUGAUCGAGGCAGUGGCAUCAUACGGGUCCCGCCGGGGGAGCUCUUCCAAUCCCUCGGGAGAGGCCGUUCCGGCGCACCCCAGGUAUAA